AUGAGACAAAGAACUCGGCAGUUCCAAGGGCCUUGUAUGAACCCUUUGGCUAGAGGGUGGCUAAAUGUUUGGUUGGCUGUCGAAGACCCAAGCGUGUCGACAACGCGCAAGCGGUCACCAGAGUCCGAACAUGAUAGCACCGCUCGUGCACGGGGCGAGACCAAUCACGAAUCCGAGCAGGACGCCCAGACUGGCUCGCAAGGUAACGGUGAUCUCGAGCGCGAUAUCGAGAGCGAGAACGAUGACCUCGUGAGAGACGGGCCUGCCGAGCCCGGCGACGAAGAUGAUACUACCGAGAUUAUUAAGAUCCCCACUAAGAAGAAAAAGAGCGGUAGCGAAUAG